CAUCUAAGUAUGGCGACAACAACCUUCUCCAAGCUCUUGGUCUUCGCUGCCCUUGUCUUGGUUGGGCAGGCCUCUCUAACAACGAAACCGGAGGGUCCGACCGUUCGAACACGGUAUGGAGAUGUGCGGGGCAUGUACGCGGAGGAAGGGGCAAUCUUCCUCGGUCUCCCGUUCGGGAACCCUCCGGUAGGCGAGCUGCGCUGGAAGCCUCCUCGGGCGUACAACAAGUCUUGGGCGCCCGAAGUUCGCGACGGCACCGUGCCGGGUCCGGCAUGCCGACAGCCAGGGUGUGGACCGACCGUUAUCGACUAUCAGUACACUUGUAAUCGCGACAAGAACAGAACGCAGAGUGAGGACUGUCUGUACCUUAACGUUUUCGUGCCCAGAUCCGUUCUGGCGAACUCUACUGUCAGACUACCUGUUAUUUGUUGGUUUCAUGGAGGACAUUACAUGUACGGCACUGGCUCUGCUAUGGUGUAUGAUGGGCGGAUUUUGGCCAACAAAACCAACACCGUCGUUGUGACGACCAACUACAGACUCGGCGUUUUCGGCUACCUGGUGACCGGCGAGGGAGAAGACGAUGCCAGAGGAAACUAUGGAACAUUAGAUCAGAUUGAGGCACUGAAGUGGGUCCAACAGAACAUCGCAGACUUUGGUGGAGCCAAGGAUAAAGUAACCGUUUUCGGACAGAGCGCCGGGUCAGAUUCGAUUGCAGUUCUCCUGACAACUGACAAGACCACAGACUUGUUCCACCAGGCCAUCAUGCUGAGUGUGCCGUUCUCCAUCACCCACAAGACUCAAUUAGAAGGGAUUCGGGUCGGGAAUGAUGUUGCCAAGUCUGCGAACUGCUCAGCCGGGGACAUGAAGUGCCUUCGUUCCAAGCCUGCCGAUGACCUUAUUGUCGCCCAAAAUGAAGCCGGUAAAUACAUAGCUAACCCAUUUAAGCCUCUAGAGUUGUUCAUGCAGUGGGGCCCUACUGUAGAUGGUGACAUUCUGCCUAGACAAACUGUAGAUAGUUUUGCAAAUGGAAAGAUUCAGAAGAAGCCGUUCAUUAUAGGCAAUGUAAUGGAAGAAGCCGUUCUGUACAUCUAUGAGGCCUUUAGUAAGCCUAUGUCUAAACUUGAGUUAGAUGGAAUUAUGUUGGCCUUUCUCCAUGGAAAAGGGCCGGUAGCUCUUGAUGAGUACAACCCGCCAAAAGCAUCAGACUAUCGUCCGUUUUUGUCUCACUUCGCAACAGACUGGGUUUUUCAAUGCCCAACUCGAAAUGUUAUCCGAAACGCAGCCGUAAAUGGUGAAAACGACGUCUGGCUUUACGUCUUUGAUCAUGCCUUUUCCUUUAAGACGUUUUGGAAAGGCUAUGCCUACUGUCAGGGUCACGUCUGUCAUGGUGAAGACAUUCCGUUCGUGUUUCAAACACCUCUACUGCUAAACUUGAGCUUCACCCGAGAAGAACAGGUCCUAGCUGACACCAUGGUGUAUCACUACGGUAACUUCGCACACACGGGCGACCCUAACAAGGCUAGCCCGAAGGUCUACACCACAGGCAACGUCCUAAAAUCACCACUGAACUGGCCCAAGUAUAAAGGUGACCAGUUCCCGUACAUGAAUUUUACCACUCCCCAAAGCGUUAUUGAUGGAGACUUUAACAAAGAAAAGUGUGACUUUUGGGAUAAGGAAAAUGUCUACUCAGGAACAAAUUACAACUAGCUAUAGCAAAUUAGCCGCCCUCUAAUCAAUUACUUUAUGGCUAUGUAGGUUAGGUUCUGGUAGAGACUAGGAAAGGUUCAUAGGUCUAAAUGAAAUGUUCUAGAUACGCGAUUUCACACAAUAAGCUAUUUACAUUCUCGAAUCAAGUACAACAGAUUUCAAGAGACCCGAUGAUACAGACAGAUUUGUAUAUAAUAAUAUUAUCUUUAAAAGUCACAACUCCCAUAAUGUAAAGAUAGGCAAAUAUAUAUACAAAGACUGCUGUGUUAUUAGAAAGAAUACGGUCCGUAACUCAUUAAUUAUGAGUACAUACA